GUCACCGUGCAAGUCCCUUUGAUUCCACACAAUGCCUUUACCGGAAUCUGUAGGCGAUUUGGUCGUCUUACAUUUUGAAACGAACUUGGAUGAUCAUGGAAUAAGCAUCGGUCGGGCGCCAUGUGAGAUACAUGAAAUUUGCUGGGUCAUAUUGGAUGGUAAGACAUUAGAAAAACAGCAUUGCGAGUCUUGUACUAUUAAGGAAGAGUCCUCAAAAGGUGGAAUUUGUGGAAGUGUGUCUUCCUUGCAAGAAGCGAUUCAAUAUGUGGACAAUUCCAUCCAAGAACGCCUCAAUAUGCAGGAGAAACCUUUCACGUUUGUGGUGAUGAAUGGGCGGGAAUUACGGGUUCUGUUGCCCAAGGAAGCAAAGGAACGUGGUAUUAUUUUGCCUUCAUAUAUGCGUCAUCCCCGUUUGUUUGAUCUCUCUAGCGAAUAUGCCAAAUGGCAGAUCCGAUCAGGCUCUGUUCCACCUUACACUAUCACUCUGUCGCAUAUUUUUGGAAAACUAGAUGUUGAUUCGUUGCCCCCCAUCAAUGAAUGCAAAACUAUCCAGCUUUCUCCUUCAGAAGUCCCCUAUAUCACAAAGGGCUUAACACAGUGUUGGCGUCUUGCCAAUGCUACUACGCUUUUGCUACGUAAAAUUGAGCGCGAAACUAGGUUACCUUCAUUCCCUAAUGUCCUUACCCAGCCAAUCGAUUGUCAAGCAGAUGCGAGAUUGUUUUAUUUGGAACGCUCCAAGGUAGUCCACAUCAGUGGUUUAACAAACGACGUUACUCAGUCGGAAUUGGAAGGUUGGUUUACUAAUCAUGGCAUUCAUCCCAUUGCCCUCUGGACUCUUAAGACACCGGAACCUUACAAAUCAACCGGUACCGGAUACAUUCUGUUUGGCAAUCAUGAAGAUGCAUCAGAUGCUCUGGGUCUUAAUGGAUCAUGCAUUGGGGAUCGUAUGCUCGCAAUCACUCCCAGCUGCGCAAAGGUUUUAGACAAGGCAUCAGAAAUUUUAAUUCCCUUCCCCUCUAGCAAAAACCGUCCUCGUCCAGGAGACUGGAAUUGUCCCAUGUGUGGCUUCAGCAACUUUCAACGAAGAGUCUCCUGUUUUCGUUGCUCCUUUCCUGGUCCUGGCCAUGCUGCCGCGGCGGCCUCCAAUACCUCAUUUCCUCCCGAAUUCCCUUACGGUCAAUCGUAUGGUAACGGCGCCUCGCAUGUACCUCACAAUUACGGAUUUAAUAUGCAUCAUGGUAAUGAAGGUAACAUCCAGAUUGACCAACAUCAUAGCGGAACAGGUGCAGCAAAUCAUCAUUCCUCCCGCUCUACCUUUGGUGGUAAUGUCCCCUUCAGAGCUGGCGACUGGAAAUGUGGUUCAGAAGGUUGUGGUUAUCAUAAUUUCGCUAAAAACGUUUGUUGCUUGCGUUGCGGAGCUAGUCGCGCCACGGCUGCUGUUGUUGCGGAUCACACAUCAAUGUCUGCAAACACCAAUGCCAAUAGUAAUUUCUCAAACAAUUCCUCCGGUAUCUUCGGUACUAGUCCCAUGAACGCAUCUGCAUCUGCAUAUCCAUAUUCUCAGCUUUCUCUUGGUUCUAUAGCUGCUAAUAAUAACCCAUACCCCAACGCUAAUGUCGUUCGUCCUGAGGAUCAAAACCGCUUUAAGGAUGUCCCUAAAGCGUCUUUUGCUAGCGAUCAAGGGGAUUGGCUCUGUGAAUGUGGAUUCACUAAUUUCCGUCGCCGAAAUAAUUGUUUACGUUGUAAUGCACCUCACUAUCCUAACUUACAGGUUCCUUCCUCUUUUCCUACAGAUUUCGGGACAUAUGUCUAGAGUUCACAUUUUAGUUGCACACCACAUUAAUCGCGGUCUCGCUGCUACUUUCAAAGAAUCGGUGUCAUGUAUUUUUAAUAAUUUGGACAAAAAAUUUAUUUUCGUUGAUGUCUACUGCUACUUUUAAUAGAAGCGGAAUCCUAUAAAUCUAAUACUUGGCUUAAAAAAGGGGAUUUUAUGUACCAGAUUUUUGCAUCUCUUCAAAAUUGUGGUCGUCUUGAUAAUUUAAAGGAUUGGAAAUCACUUUGUUGUAAUGAUAUGGAUGGUAAAAAGCUUGGUAUAACAUAAAAACUAUCAUCGAAUUUGGGUUUACGAUUCACAUAUUUAGUAUCCAUGAAGCUCUGUUUAUACCUCUAUAUAUAUAUGUACUGUUAUAGCAUGCAUAAGAGUACUUUAUGGUUUUGCUUCCUUUUUUCAUUUGUGUUUAAUCUUUGGUUUAUGGAAACAAAGAUUGAUUGGGUUUUGUGUAAUAGAACGGAUAAUAUAUUAAUUCUGUAUGUUUCUUCUUUUAUAAUGAUAUGAUAGCCUUCGUCUCA